AAAACUGAAAUCAAUCGAGAGUCGGACGUCUUUGGUUUCACACCUGUUCCAAUAUUCAAACGAUAUGAAGAGUAUGCUGGGAUACGUUUUGCUGGCCGCUGCUGGCCUCUUGGCGGUGGCCCAGGGCCAAGUCAUCACGGUGACCAACGGGGAAACGGACGGACGCUGGGGACCAUUGGAGAGCUGCCCAGCAGGAUCGAGGGCCAUCAGUUACCAAUCAUCUCACGAAGUUGACGCUCCAGUGGUCGACGACUCGGCUCUCAACACCCUGGUCCUCUUUUGCGACGACGCCGACAACACCAACAUCACCUCCACCCAGGGAUACACUGGCAACUUCCAGAACAUCCAGAAUUGCCCGUUCGGCGCCUACAUGAAGAGUUUCCAGUUGAGGGUCAGCCCGGCUGGCAACACGACCGACAACACGGCCGUCAACAACAUCCGAUUCAAAUGCUCCAACGACCGCGAAAUCAACGGACUGGGCAACACGGGCGGCUACUGGGGCGACUACAGCGACGAGUGCCUGGACGGUAUCUGCGGAAUGGAGACCCGCGUCCGCCCGGACGGCGGAAUAGUGGUCGACAACACGGCCCUCAAUGACGUCCGUUUCACUUGCUGCGCUCCGGCCGUCUUCCAUGCCAAUAAAUUCAACCGCCAUUAAAAAUAUCAAAUAACCUAACCUGCUUCCCCAUCCAGCAUUUUUAUUAUUUUUUCGAAAUAAGAUAGGACGUGUUGAGUGUAUGAUUUGACAUGUCGUGAUUGCCAAAUAGAGAAAUGAAAUUCCUCAAAA